AUGGAUACUACAUGUUUGGAUUAUUGCCUAACGCAUGAGGAACGGCUCCUAUUUGACAAGAACGGUUUCUUCGUGGUUGAAGACGCGUUGCCACCGAAACUGGUUGAUGACCUCAACGCCGCGCUAGACCGGCUUGAGGCGAAAUAUCGGCCCGAGCAAGAUUUGUCUCCCCAUGAACGCUUGAAUAUCUUUGACUUCAUUGGGAAGGAUGAUCUCUUCCUAGAGUUACUUGAUUGGCACAAGACAUUUCCAAAGGUGUGGGGUAUUUUGGGCUGGCACAUCCAGCUUUACCACUCGCACUUGGGAAUCACGCCACCAGUAGCACCCGAGGAAAGAUCAGAGGAGAAGCGUUUAGGAUGGCAUCAAGAUAGUGGACGUUUGAACAGCGAUUUGGAAAGCAACCCCCGUCCGCGAAUCUCUCUCAAAAUCGGCUACUUUCUAACCGACACAACGGUGGAGGGGAGUGGGAAUUUCUAUGUCCUGCCCGGCAGCCACUUGCAGAACAAGUUAGAACUGCCUGAAGAUGGGGUCUCAAACCCUGAAGGGACGACGGCGGUGAAGGUGGCCCCCGGUACGGCGGUAUAUUUCGAUCGGCGGCUCUGGCACUCUGCGAGCCCCAAUCAUUCAAAUAUCACCCGAAAGGUGCUGUUCUACGGUUAUAGCUAUCGGUGGCUGCGACCAAGAGACAACAUGACCGUUGAUCAUUAUAUGGAGCGUAGCGACCCGAUUCGGCGACAGUUGCUAGGUGCUAGCACGGGGGGAUUGGGAUACACCUCCCCAAAAGAUGAGGACGUGCCCCUCCGAGACUGGAUUCAGGAACACCUCGGAGAAGAUGCGGUUAUGCCUUAG